AACUGGAGGUAAGGGGAGACGAGUCUCUCCCUCUCCUGUUCUGUGCUGGUAGUCGCAGAGACCAACUAAACAGCUCCUCCAGUUCACAUUGUCCGCGCCAUGUUGACAGACAAUCUGUGUAGUGUUAAUCUGCAGCUGCUGUGGGUUCUGCUUCUGGUCACGGGAAUCACCGCUAAGAUCCCGUGGUGGAACAUCAAGAUAGCCCAGGAGCAGGGGCCAAAUGCUUGCGUAGUUGAAGAGGUUCCUGGCAGCGACUACCAGUACUGGACGGAGUGCAAAUAUGGGCGUAACAGGGACAUCUGUGGUCAGAAGGCGGUGAUCCGAUAUGAAUGUUGUGAAGGGUACCAGCAAGUGGCCGACCAGCCCGGUUGUGCAGGAGUGAAGCCUCUGAAGAAUAUCUUGGACACCGCUAGAGAUUUGGGUGCAAGAAAAUUCGUCAGCUACAUUGAAGAUUCUGGUCUCGGCAACGAGCUUUCAAAGGGAGGGACUUACACGCUAUUUGCACCUCUUGAUGACGCAUUUGAUGACUUGGCUCGGGAGCAGAGGUCUCGCCUGGACGGCAAACGUGAAGACCCUCAGAACCCGUUCUUGUUGUAUCAUCUGGCGGACCGGAAGCUGACUUCGCAGCACUUCCGGGCAGAUCUUCUGGUUGACACCCGGUACACCGGACACAAACUUCGUAUCAAUAAGUAUUCCAAUGGGAUAGAAACAGUGAACUGCGCUUUCAUCGUGAGGAAAGACCAGGAGGCAACAAACGGAAUUGUUCAUGUAGUCGAUUCACUUUUGGAUCCGGACCUCACAGUACCACGUGACCUCGCAGAACUAGUGCUUCAGGACGGGCGGUUCUCAGAACUAGCCAAGGCCAUGGAGCAAUCGGGGUUCGUGGCCAGGUUGCGCAACUCCCAACAACCCUGCACCAUCCUCGCACCGUCAGACGAAGCCUUCCAGAAGAUACCCCAAUCCCGUCUCGAGAGGAUUAUGAAUGACAAACACGCCAGGGAAGCUCUGCUGGAAAAUCAUGUGAUUCCACACCCUAUUUGUCUGCCUGCAAUUAUCGGUGAACACAAGGUACGAACUCUGGGCCCAGAGAAACUAACGUUCGACUGUGAUCGAAAAGGAACAACAGUAGAGGAGAAGAGGCUCAGGUCGGACUUCGUGAUGGGUCAGAACGGCGUCUUGUACAUGCUUGAUGAUCUACUCCUUCCAGACAGAGCGAAGAGCAUCCUACAACUGGCAGAACAGGAGCAACUGUUUGGGUUCUUGCAAAUAGUCCGCUCUGCUGGUCUGGAAGACACCUUUGAGAACUUCGGCGAAUACACGGUAUUCGCUCCCUCAGAAAGCGCCAUGUAUGCUCUGCCUCCGAACCAGCUGCAGGAACUGAAAACGAGCAAGGACAAGGCUCGAGAUUUCGUGUUGUAUCACGCCACUCAGGGACGGAUAGACUCAGACCAGAUCUCAGAUAAUCAGGUUUUAAUGUCACUCGACGAACAGAACGCCCUGCGGCUACAGAUUUAUCGUAAAGCCAUGGGAGUGGAGGACGCCCUCAUUGAAAAAGCCGACUUGCAGGGAAUGAAUGGCAACAUACACAUCAUCAACAAGGCCCUUUCACCAUCAAACAUCUCGGCGGGCGAUAUUCUGCGAAGAGACGGAAAUUUCAGUAUAUUUCUUCAAGCGAUGGAGACAGUCAUGGAGAGGAGCCCUGAGACUCUGGAGCUGAGGUCACCCGGUGCAUCCUACACUUUCUUCGUUCCAACAGACCAAGCCUUCAACCGUCUGGGAUCUACGCGGCUAGAGCGCAUCAUGGAUGAUCCCGCCUACCUAGUCAAGACUAUUAAGAAUCAUGUUGCAGAGAACAUGAUUGCUUCGGAAGCCUUCAAACCAGAUCUUUAUUACGACAUACAAACCAGACAGAAUGUCGUGGACGUUGUUCGAAAAAAUGGAAAGUUAAAGGUGAACGAUGCCACAAUGACGGAGUGUGACAUCCUCAACACAAAUGGCGUGAUUCACGUCAUCAACAGAGUUCUUCUUCCUGACCAGCGCACUGAAGACUGACGUGUCUGAACAGCUUAUUCUUUCUAAGGUCAAUUCAGCUGGCACUUAUAAUUGUCCCAAUUAUUAAUAAAUCAAACAUAAGACUUAGCUGUUACAUUCUGUAUAUGUAGUUCAAAGUAGAAAGUGUAUCUUUAUGAAUAACAGCUGCCAGAUACAUAAUCUGUUAAUAUUUUUUAUUUAUUCAUAAAAAUCCUGAUAAAAGGUCAGGUAAAUAUGUAAAAGGUUCUUAACAUACGUUGUACGGACGACUUUUAUACAGAGAGAUUUCGUGAACAAUAUAACGUAAAUGUAACAUCACUGGAAUGUAAUAAACAUCUUACCUCAAUUUAUACCAGAA